AAAUACUCACACUUAUGUGGAUACCACAACGGAUAAGCCACAUAUUUCUAUUAGUUAUUUUCAUAUUACAUAUUGUCACAAUUAAUGCCAACAAACAUGUUUCGCAAUUAUUAGAAAAUUUACUCACAGACUAUAAUAAAGCUGUCAGACCAGUUCAUAAUGCAUCAGAUGCUCUAAAAGUAAAGUUUGGAGCCAAUUUGUGUAGAUUGAUUGAUGUUGAUGAAGUCAAUCAAGUGUUAACAACUAGCCUAUGGUUAGAAAUGCAAUGGUAUGACAAAAAACUAACGUGGAAUCCGACAGACUGGGGUGGUGUUGAGUAUAUACACAUUCCGUCAGAUCAAAUAUGGAUCCCUGACAUUGUACUUUACAACAAUGCUGACGGAGAGCCACAUAUCACAAUCACUAGUCUUGCAAAGAUUGAUCAUCAUGGAAGAGUCGUUUGGCAGCCUCCAUCAAUUUAUAAAAGUUUUUGUCCGAUCAAUAUCAAAUACUUUCCAUAUGAUUGGCAAACAUGUGAAAUGAAGUUUGGUGGAUGGUCGAAUGACGGAGAAACUCUUGAUUUGUAUCAAAUUCCUGUUGAUGUUGAUGAUAUUCCACAAGUCAAACGGCAAGAUGAUGGCGUGGAAUUCCUGUAUCUUGAAAAAGGAUUAGGACUCAGUUUUUAUCACGAAAGCGCCGAAUGGGAUUUGCUCAGUGCCACUUCAUCGCGCUAUGCUCAGAUCUACCCGGGAUGUUGUGGACAGCAGUAUUACAUCGAUAUCAAAUAUCGCAUUAUCAUUCGACGUAAGGCAAUUUUUUUCACAGUUACUCUCACGAUUCCCUGUAUGCUUAUUGCGAAUGUGACACCAUUUGUAUUCUUGAUUCUCCCGAACGAGCACAAAAUGACAUACUCGAUCUCAGUGCUUGUUGCAUUUUCUGUGUUUUACUUGGUACUCAUUGAUCUUAUCCCACCAACAUCGCUAUCUUUAUCUCUCAUUGGAAUAUAUUUGUUAUUCACACUUCUCAUGGUCUCAGUUUCUAUCAUUCUUUCAGUUGUCACUAUCAAUAUGUACAGAAAACAAGCUUUCUCAUCUGGAAUGUCUCAUUGGCAACGAUGGCUCUUUGUGCAGCGGCUACCGAAACUGCUCCGGUUGAAAACGUUGGAGCACACACUAGGACCAGAUGAGGGUAGUGAAACAACAACUCCUCGCACUGGUUCAGUUUCUGUUACUGCAUCUGUUACGCAACGAACUUUGAAUCCCAACAAUAAUUCACCGGUGUUCCCACCGCAACGGUUACGUCUGUUAAGUCUUGUGCAGAUGGACGAAGCUUUAAAACAACGUUGUGCGGCAGAUAAUUUGGAUUUAUUCAGAAAAAUUGCUGGUCAUUUAAAGAUCAUCUCUGCACAUUUCCACAACCAACAAAUGGAGGGAAAGAUUACUGAAGAAUGGCAGUUAAUGAGCUUGGUUAUCGAUAGGAUAUUCCUGAUAUUGUUUCUUGCAGUCAGUAUGGCAGCAAAUAUAAUGUUUGUUUACAAUUCUCCAACAUUAUUCGACGAUAGGCCUUCUUUGGUACCAAGUGUUGCCCACAAACCACUCAGCGGAGGAACCAUCAACGUUCUUAACACCUGAACAAUGGUGUUUUGUUUAUAAUUUAACACACGGAUUUUGAAUAAUGUAUUUAUUUUUGAUGUUGUAUUUCAAUACUGAAAAAAAAAACAAUACAAGUAUUAUAAAGAAGAUUUAACACUUG